AUGUCCAAAUAUCUCCUCCACGCAUUCCUCCUCCUAACGCCUUUCCUCCCCUUCAACCAUGCCCUCACUCUCCCUCUUCACUCCGGUGCUACCUGCGAGAAGUCUCUCCUCCAAACGGCUUCAACCGCCUAUCUAGCCACUCAAUCCACGGGCAACUUCACCAACCUAACUCCCCUCCUCUCCCCAAACUUCACCUACAUCGAGAACAACAAAGCCAUCGCCCACCAGUCCGGCAUCCUACACAAAGCCCUUAAACUCGACCACAACCGCACCAACUACGACCUCGUGCAAUGCGCCACGUACACCGAACUCGUCAGCGCCUCGGGGCCCUACGUGAUCGGAACCCAAAUCUUCCUCGACACCACCUCAGGCCAGAUCCGCAGCGUCGACUCGAUCGUCACGACGACCAACGCCUGGCUCUUCAACGCCACCAAGACCCUCUCCUACAUCCGCUCCGAAUCCUGGCCCGAGAUCCCCGUCUCCAAGCGCGACAAGCGCGAGGUCAUCCAGGCCGCCGGCGACGCCUACAUGGACAUGUGGUCGAACGCGACCGCGCACCUCGCCGUGCCGUGGGGCACGCCGUGCGUGCGUCUCGAAGGGUCUGCGUACACGGGGAAGGGGCAGCCGGAUGAUAGUUGCACGCCGGGGAUCCCGAGUAAUCACAACCAGAAGCCGAAUACGAGGCGGAGGUAUGUGAUUGAUGAGGCGAUGGGGAGUGUGAGUAUCUUUUGCGUCUGGGAGCAUAUGAUGGAUGCGGCGGAUAGUCAUGAGUUUAGGCUUGAGGGCGGGAAGUUGAGGUUCGUUCAUACGAUGACGGAGUGUGGGGGGAAGGUUUAUUGUUCGGGCAUAUCUCUGUAA